AUGUCUAUUGUCCCAGAAGUCUUGUGGGCCCAGCGGUCCAACGCCACGGAGUUGGCCAAGAACGUGUUGUUUUUGACGGUGAACAUUACCGAUCCCGAGAACUUGAAGGUCGAAUUGACCAAAGAUGCUCUCAAGCUGUCUGCGCACUCGACCACGCAUGACAAAGACUAUUCUUUAGAGCUCAACUUCUACGAAGAGAUCGAUCCAGAAGCCUCCAAGCAUGACGUUUCUGGUUCGCACAUUCUUUUCCGUUUGCAGAAGGCGAAAGCCCAGGAGGGAUUCUGGCCACGUUUGAUAAAGGAAAAAGGAAAGUUCCGUUACAUCAGGACUGAUUUUGACAAGUGGGUCGAUGAGGACGAGCAAGAGGAGGCGGAUCCUGUUGCUGAUGAGAUGGCAGGUGGAAUGCCAGGAAUGCCCGGUAUGCCCGACAUGGGAGGACUGGGUGGAAUGGGUGGAAUGCCUGGUAUGGAUGGUCUUGAUGGGUUCGACUUCAGCAAGUUGGCUGGAGGAGAUUUUGGUGGUGCUGAUAUCAGCCAACUGGCUGCUUCUCUGGGUGGUGGAAACGCUUCAGAUAUGUUGAACCAGAGUGCCGAGGUUGAGUCUUCUGAUGAUGAGGAAGAGUCUGAGAAAUAG